AUGGAGAGAAAAAGCGUCCAGGCCGCCCUUCAAAACUAUCUCCUCGAGAUAAACGCAACGGAUCAGGGGAGGCAGUUCGAGUCGCAGCUGUUUAAGGAGCUGACACACCUAACAGGUGCGACUCACCUAACAACAACUGCAUAUCACCCCGCAGCAAACGGCAUGGUGGAAAGGGUACACCUGCAGAUCAAGGCAGCCAUCAAAUGCCACCAAACACACAAAUGGGCAGAAAUUCUGCCUAUCGUUCUACUUGGCAUCAGGACGGCCUGGAAAGAAGACUUAGGCGCAACCCCGUCACAGAUGCUGUAUGGAGCAAACAUCCGACUGCCAGGGGAAUUCUUCAAACCCAGCACGGCAACGACGGCUUUAUCCAACUUCGUGACGCAGCUGAGACGGGAGAUGAAACAACUCCAACUAGCGCCAGGAAGUCGCCACAGUACAAGGAGUACCUUCGUCUACAAGGAGCUUAGCACCAGCCAGUACGUGUUCCUACGACACGAUGCGACUAGAACGCCACUGCAGCCCACGUACGAUGGACCGUACGAAGUCCUCGAACGUGGAAGCAAGACGUUUGUAAUUAAGGUGAACGACAAAGCGACGAGGGUCACGGUCGAGCGCCUGAAACCAGCCCACAUCCUGAACGAAGACAGGGUGGAGGAAACCGACAGCUCAGAAACAGCUGAGAACAUCACCAGCAUCCCGAGACCAUCGGCCGAUCUUCCCGCAGAAACAGGGGCGGCGGAAGAACCGCCGGUAAUGCAGGAACCAGCACCAAACAGAAGCCGUCAACAUAGAAGCUAUUCCCAUAGUACGCGUCCGCGUAGACAAGUGCGUUUUCCUGAUAGAUAUCAGGCCGGGUAUAAUUAA